UAGCCCCGGAUUACCACUGAGUUGGCCUCGCUACGCUGCAUCAGAGUGGCUUUCAUUCAGAAAAUCCGAAAAUAAAUCAUUCAAAAUAAAUACAAAAUUCUGAAUCAAUUUUUUACGUCUCUUUUUAGUCUUCUGUUGGUUUGGAUUAGCGGAUGAUCUGAAUCGCAACAGCAUUUGUAUCCGGCAAUGGUGAACUACUACGACGAGGUUCGUCUGAAGGAUCACUCUCCCUGCGCGGAAGUGCGCGCGGAUCUGAAAAACUGCUUACUCCAGACAGACUGCUGCGCGGUGGAGAGAAAGACGCCCAAGCAAUGCCUCAUCGAACAUCAUCCUUCAGUCCCGGAUGAGUGUUAUGCGCUGCGGACAGCGUUUUUCGAGUGCAAACGAUCUUUGAUUGAUAUGCGAUCGCGAUUUCGCGGGCCGAAGGCGCAAUGAGUGGACUUGUAAAAUAGUCAAAUGUGUAUGUUGAAGCUUGCUGGCUGCUUUUCACUGCUAUGCAGUGAAUAUUUGCAGUGAAUAUUUUAGCUGUAUUUAUUUGUCAUAACUUCGGCUUGUGUGCAUUUUUAUUUGUGAAUGUGAUGGAGAAAUAUGAUGAAUAUUAUGGGUAACUAAGUGAAAGUCGCUUUAAAUUCGGAAGUGUGCAAAUAAAAAUGGGAA